UAUUGCAUCACAGAUGUCUUGCACAUCCCAUGAUCUUUCUCCUGUCUUUCGUGUCGUCUUUCAUGCUCAUACUUCGCCAGCGCAGUCUCUCACUCUCUCACACGUCCAACCCGCUCGUUUGCCUUUUGUAUUCCCGCGCGAAUCUCACAGCUCCUCCGCAGACCCCCGGUAGCAAGCAUGGCGCGCAUCACUCGUGGUGCGUUCCUCGCUAUCGCGGUGGUAUUCCACUUGAUCUACAUAUAUUCCAUCUUUGAUAUAUAUUUUGUCAGUCCAAUUGUCACGGGCAUGAAGGCGUAUGGUGUGGAUUGGAAGGAACUGGGCAAGACUGCUCCGGCGAAGAGAGUGGUGCUUUUUGUUGGUGACGGACUUCGCGCUGACAAGGCCUUUCAAUCGUUCCCGGACCCUUCGUCCUCUGACCCUUCCUCCCCAGACGCGCUGGUGCCACGUCCGCUUGCACCGUAUCUACGUUCUCGUGUACUUGAACAUGGCACGUUUGGCGUGUCACAUACGAGAGUUCCGACAGAGUCGCGCCCGGGCCAUGUUGCGCUCAUCGCGGGCCUGUACGAAGACGUGUCCGCGGUGACGACGGGGUGGAAGCUGAACCCAGUCAACUUUGACAGCGUGUUCAACCGCAGCCGCCAUACGUGGAGUUGGGGGAGUCCGGACAUUCUGCCCAUGUUUGUGCAAGGCGCGGUGCCGGGAAGGGUUGACGGGGACACGUACGGACAUGAGGCGGAGGACUUUACGGCCGAUGCGCUGGAGCUGGAUGUUUGGGUCUUUGACAAGGUGAAGGAGAUGUUUGCGAACGCGAAGACGAAUGCGACGCUGGAUGCGGAGCUUAGGCAGGAGAAGAAUGUCUUCUUUUUGCAUUUGCUGGGCCUGGAUACGAAUGGCCAUGCGUACAGACCGUAUUCGAAGGAGUAUCUGAAUAAUAUCAAGGUUGUGGAUCAGGGUGUGAAAGAGAUUACUGAGCUGAUUGAUGACUUUUAUGGCGAUGGGAAGACGGCUUUUGUCUUCACGGCAGAUCAUGGCAUGAGUGACUGGGGUAGCCAUGGAGACGGGCAUCCGGACAAUACUAGGACGCCUCUGAUUGUCUGGGGCUCAGGAGUCGCGAAACCGUUGAAAGCAGAGGGCGUUGCACUGGGGCAUGAGGACGGGUUCUCGUCAGACUGGGGUCUUGAUCAAGUCCAGCGACACGAUGUCGCGCAGGCUGAUAUCGCGGCCUUGAUGGCAUAUCUGGGUGGCAUUGACUUCCCCGUCAAUUCGGUUGGUGAGCUUCCUCUGGAGUACAUCGAUGCAGACGAGAGAUCGAAAGCAGAAGCCAUGCUUGUGAACGCACAGGGAGUGAUGGAGAUGUACCGCGUCAAGGAAGAGCAGAAGAGCGCGCAGCUCUUGCGAUACAAGCCCUAUCCCGGCCUUGGAGACGAGGAGCAUUCGGUCGAUCAUCGCAUAGCGUCUAUCCGGAAUGCGAUUGACUCUGACGACUUUGCUUCUGCGAUACAGCAGAGCCGUGAUAUGAUAGCCGCCGGUUUGGCUGGGAUGCGGUAUCUCCAGACGUACGACUGGCUCUUCCUGCGCGUGUUGAUUACCUUGGGAUAUUUCGGCUGGAUCGCUUUCGCCAUCACUACCAUGAUCGACCUCCAUGUGCUGGGUGGAAAGACGGCAACAAAUCGUACCAUGCCCAGCACCAUUGCUUUCUCCUCGGCACUUGUCGCUAUUUAUUCGCUAUUACUAUUUCAGCGAUCUUCGUGGAGAUAUUACUUUUAUGCCAUCUUUCCAGUCGGGUUCUGGGAAGAGGUGUUUGCACGACGUGGGGCAUUGAUCAAAGGAAAGGAAGUUCUGCUUGGCCAUCUCGCGUCGUCUCAGGACUAUAUAUCCUUUGCCGCCAAAACGCUGGCUUUCAUCGCAGUGUUGGAGGGAUUGGUUCAAAGUUACUUUCAUCGAGAGAUCUAUACUGUUUGCUAUCUUCUAGCGAUUGCAUGGCCGGCGUUCUAUGGGAAGCGGUUCUUGACAGAUAACAAGGUUCUUGUUGCCACCUGGGCUCUGGCCUGUGGCUCCAUGAGCCUAUUCACUUUACUACCUGCGAACAAGGUGGAAAAUCUUAAUCUAGUAUUGCUGGGAGGGUAUCUCAUGUUCAUCGUCGGCGCGUUCUAUGUAAUCUUCGAGAAGAACUUACUGGCCGAUUCGAGGUCGAGGAGCCAGCCUGCGCAAGGAAAAGACGACUCCUUGGCCAGGUCGAUUCUGGGCGCGCAAGUGGGACUGAUUGUCCUCGCCAUAUUCGUCACAAAGUCUAGUUCGGAAUCGAUACAAGCGAAGACAGGUCUCCCGCUCGGGACGCAGGUCGUUGGAUGGAUCACGCUCCUCGCAUCCCUCGCCGUGCCCUUCCUCCACGGCCUCCGUCCAAACAGCCACUACAUCCACCGCCUCGCCGUGCUCUUCCUCGCCUUCGCUCCUUCCUUCAUCAUCCUCACAAUCUCCUACGAGGGCCUCUUCUAUCUCGCCUUCAGCCUCACCGUCUUCACCUGGGUGCGCAUGGAGCACCACAUCCACCUCCUCACCCACGCCGCAACCACCAAACCCCAACAAUCAUCAAAAUCAUCAUCGCCAUCACCAUCGAAAACGAACCAGACCACCCCCUACCGCCCCCUCACCCUCGCCGACUUCCGCACCUCCCUCUUCUUCCUCUACCUCCUCCAAUCCGCCUUCUUCUCCACCGGCAACAUCGCAUCCAUCUCCUCCUUCUCCCUCGACGCCGUCUACCGCCUCAUCCCCAUCUUCGACCCCUUCUCCCAGGGCGCCCUGCUCAUGUACAAAAUCCUGAUCCCCUUUGCCCUGAUUUCCGCAAACCUCGGUAUUCUCAAUAAGCGGCUUGGUGUUGCGCCCAGUGCGCUUUUUAUGGGCGUUGUGGCGGCGGCGGACUGGCUGACGGUCAGGUUCUUCUGGAUGGUGAGGGACGAGGGUAGUUGGUUGGAGAUUGGCACGUCGAUUAGUCGGUUUUGUAUUGUUAGUGCGUUGGGGGUUUUUGUGGCGGGGUUGGAGGGUGGGAGUGGGGUUCUUGUGAGGGGGGUGGGGUUUGAGGGUGACGGUGGGGAUGGGAAGGGGGAUGAGAGUGGGAGUGGGAAGGAGGAUGGUGUUGAUGGGAGUAGGAAUGGAAAUGGAAAUGGAAAUUCCACUCUGUCAAAAGGUACGGAUACUGUUCGACGGGCGAAUGGGAGUGGUAAGACUGCGAAGAAUCAGUAA